GAAAAAAAUGAGGAGAGAAGGUCGCCAACACGGUAUGGUCCGUACUUACCCAAUUUUACCCUCUCCAUGGAACCCAAGACCCGAGCCCAGGUACAUGAACAAGUCCAAUUCACUACCAACCGCUGGGCUUUUCGCAAAGGUCCCAACUAAGCCCAGUAACCAUUCCAAGUUCACCGGCAAGUGCGGUAGACCUAGGUGCACCAGCUGCCAUAUUCAUCCAGCUGGGAAAUCCAAAGACAAGACUAAGGGCACACAAAAGAUAAAGGGAUGCGGCGACGUCGUUUCGUUGGUUACUUGGAGAGUUGUUGAUGCUAUGCCCGGGUUGAAUUUUUCUGGAUUUUCAGCUACUGGGAUUUUGGAUCAUUUGGAUAGCGAUUGUUCUUAUUACAUGGAUCAUGAUGAUCAUGAUAUUUACUAUGAUGCCGCCGAUGAAGGUUACGGAGAUCAGGAAUUGGUAGUUGACUCCGAUUGGUCUCCGGCGAUCGGCGUUGAGAUUGAGGAGACUGAUGAAGAAAAAAUGAGUUUCUGUGAAGUGGGAUUUGUGUGGGAAAAUGUUGAAGAAGAUGAAGAUUGGUGUGUUGUGGAAGGAAUAUAAUUUGGUUCCUUCUAAUUGUAUUUGUAUUAACCUGUUGCUGAACAAAAAAUGUUACAUUUCUGUAAUUGUAUUUACUGUCAAAUAAAUUGCAACAUUCAGAUG